CCGGUGGAAAGUCUUUGUUCUCCUGAACAGUGGGAUCUCGACCUUUCACAUGGUGUUUCACUCGUUCCAGUCGCAAUGUAAAAAGCUCCUCACGCUCGCACACGCGUAGCAGAGGAAGAAGAUGGAAUCGAGGACUGUGACGCUUUCGUCGAGUCACAAUACUGCUUGGGAGUGUGAUGACUCUCGGCACGGUCGCGAUGCUGCUUCUCUAAAGAGGCGGAGGACUACCCCGGAAUCACACUUUCCAUCGGCGUCACCAAGCUCUGACUUGGCUGGAAACAACUAUGAUGUGUUCUUGAGUUUUAGAAGACCGGAUACUCGCAAGGGUUUUACAGAUUUCCUAUACAAAAGCUUGACAGAUGCUGGGAUAUGCGUAUUUCGAGAUGAUGAUGAGCUGCCUGUCGGAGAAGACAUCAAGCCUGCGCUGAUUGAAGCGAUCAAACAGUCGAAGGUUUUAAUUCCCAUCAUCUCCAGGGAUUAUGCUUCCAGCAAAAGCUGCCUCAUGGAGUUGGUCCAAAUAUUAGAGUGCAAGCAAACGAUGAGUCGAGAAACCAUUCCCAUUUUCUAUGAGAUCGAGCUCUCGGAUUUAAAAGACCAGAGGAAUUCUCUUGAGAAGAGCUUUUUUGAACACCAGAGGUACGGGGUUGAUUGUGAGACCAUCCAGAAGUGGAAGCUGGCUCUCAAAGAGUUUGGCAGGUUAAAGGGAUUUGUAACGGCGAAGAUACAUAACGGGCAUCAUUCCAAGCUCAUAGACGAGCUCAUCCCAAUUGUCCAGCAAAAGCUGAAGAAGGGUCGACUACUCGUGACAAAACAUUUAGUCGGAGUUGACCGUCAUGUCCAGGAGAUUAUGAGAAAGCUCGGUGUUGUGCAUCGCAAUGGACAAGUAAUUGAAAUAUGUGGCAGUGAUGUACGAGUCCUUGGAAUAUAUGGUAUUGGGGGUGUUGGCAAGACUACUCUUGCAAAAGUUGUUUACAAUCAACUCUAUGAUCGCUUUCAAGGUUAUAGUUAUCUUAGGGAAAUUCGAGAAUUACAUCAACAUGAUAGGAUCUUGUCCUUGCAAAAUCAAUUAAUCUCAGACCUUCGAAAAAGAAGUGUUUCGUUCGGAUGUUCUGAUGAUGCUAUGGCAGUUCUUGCUGAAGGAUUUCGCAAUAAGCAGGUCCUCAUUCUCCUUGAUGACGUGGAAGAUUUUGACCAACUCGAGGUGGUUGUUGGGGAGCUUAGUUGGUUUGGUCCAGGAAGCAGGAUUGUUGUGACUUCUAGAAAGAGCGACAUCCUUUUGAAGUUCAAAGAGGCUGAAACCUAUGAGGUUGAACCAAUGGAAGAAGAUAAAGCUCUUCAAUUGUUUUCUAGGCGGGCUUUUGGAAUGGAUUCUCCUAGCAAGGGCUUUGAAAGCCUUUCCAAGGACAUCGUAUCAGCUACUGGACGACUUCCUUUAGCACUUGAGGUGACAGGUUCGCGUUUGUUCGGAAAGUCAAAGGGUACAUGGAAAGAUACAUUGGAGAAGUUGAAAGACGCUCCUCAUGAGAAAGUCGAACAUGCGUUGAAAAUAAGUUACCAUGCUUUAGAUAUAUAUGCAAAGCAAAUAUUUCUGGAUAUAGCAUGUUUUCUGAUUGGAAAGGAUGAGAGAAUUGCCUUUUACAUGUGGGAAGACUGUAAACUUUAUCCUUCAAGUGGUAUUGAAGUUCUCCUUGUAAUGUCUUUGGUGAAAAUUGGAGAAAACAACGAGCUAUUGAUGCAUGAUCUACUGAGAACUCUAGGCAGAAAAAUUGUUUUAAAUGAAGAUCCUAUCCCUUGUAAUCGAAGUAGGUUGUGGGUGCACAAUGAAGCCCUAUCCACUCUACGGAAGAAGGAGGGUGCUCCAAAUGUUCAAGCCCUUGGUCUCACCUUUGACAAAGGGUCUGAUGACUGUUUCACAUCUGAGGAAUUUGGCGAGCUAUUGAACUUAAGGUUCCUUAACUUGGAUCGAGCUAAUAUGAGAGGAAAUUUUACUAGUCUUCUUUUAGAAUUAAGGUGGCUUCAUUGGCGAGGGUGCCAUAAGAGCUCUGAGCCUCUUGUUUUGAACCUAGAGAACUUGGUCAUUCUUGAUCUAUCCUGGAGUGCAGUGGCAGAUGACUGGGAAGGUUGGGCACAAAUAAUGGAGAAGGCAAACAAAUUGAAAGUUUUGGAGCUAACUGGUUGCGGUCAAUUAUGUAAAACGCCAUGCUUCGCACCUGGUAGCAAAUUAGAAAGACUGAUUCUUGAACGAUGUUCUCAUUUGUCACUUAUUGACAAAUCCAUUGGUAAUUUGAAAUAUUUGAAGUCUUUGAACAUCAAGUCCACUCCGAUUGCCCUGUUGCCGGAAGAGAUGGGUUCCUUGGAUAAUUUGGAAGAGCUUCUGAUUGAUGAAACUUCCAUAUGUCACCUUCGUUUCUUAAGAGGUUCUAUGCAGCAACUUAAAACUCUUAGUGCGUCCGGCUGCAAAAAUUUGGCUGAAAUAUCCGAGUCUAUUGGUUGUUUAAGGUCUCUGUCAUAUCUUGCAUUGGAUAAAGCUAUUAUCACAGGACUCCCAAAUUCUGUUCAGUUGUUGGAGGGACUUGUAGAGCUGUCUUUAAGAGACUGUCAGCGGAUAACUGCACUUCCAGACUCCAUUGGGAUGCUUAGGUCACUACGGAAAAUGGAUCUGUCAAACACCAGAAUUCAGAUAUUGCCAGAAUCGAUAAAAAAUUUGGAUAGAUUGGAGGUGCUAAGAAUGAAGAAUACUCACAUAAGAAAAUUUCCUAAAGAUAUUGCAAAUCUAGAGAAGUUGGAAGUCAUAACAUUUUCUGGCUGCCCUUUGAUUGGGAAAAUUCCAUGUGAUAUUUCGGGGUUGUCAUCUUUGAGAAUCUUGAAGUUAUCGUUUACCCUGAUUUUUAGCCUACCUGAGAGCAUUUGUCAGCUUUCUCAUCUCCAGACCCUCCACUUGCUCCAUUGUGACGAACUUCAGAUUCUACCAAAAUUACCAUCUAGUUUAGUGAGUUUGCACUGGGGAACCAAAAACAUGAGGAUAGUUCAGGGUCUUUCAUAUCUGAGAGAUUUGAAAGUUUUGGAAUUAGUCAAUGAUCCUGAUGAGGAGGAGAUAUCUUCCUCUGAGCUGUUCCAAACUGAAAGUUUUGCUUGGAUAUCGAGUUUAUCCAACUUAGAAACCCUAAAGCUGUGCCUUCCAAAUGUUAGUAGUCUUCCAGAAGAUUUUAAUGCUCUUACUCAACUUAGAAAACUUGAUUUGUCCUGCAUAAACCUGCUAGACCUCCCACAACUUCCCUCAAGCUUAUCAAAACUGCUUAUCAAGAAUUGCCAGAUCCAGGGGAUGGAAUUUUCUAAUCUGGAAACUCUGUCCGAGUUGGAGCUCUGUGACUGCAAUGCAUGGGAAAUUCUUGGUCUUGGGAACCUAAGGCUCCUGCAAGUGUUAAAGAUAUCUCGCUGCAACAUUAAGAACCUUGAUGGUCUCGAACAAGCAUCACAAUUGAGAAGGUUUUCUAUGUCUGAAUGCUAUUCUCUGCACAGAUUGCCGGACUUAUCAAAGUGCACAAGCUUGGAAAUUAAGGAAAUAGACUUUUGCAACAUUCAGGAUCAGCCCUGCGAGAGGCACUCUAAAAAUUGCUGCUCGAGGCACUGUGAUUGUCCUUACCAAUAUCAAUGUGGUGGUCGAUGCAUGUUGCGAUCUUAACAGCAAGCUGCAAGGAGUGCUCUCUUUAUCCAAUUGAAGAUGGUGGAGGUUAUUUCUUUCUACUAGAAUCAACAUUUCUUCAGAUCACUACAGGAUUGCAUCAAGAAGAGAGUUCCAUUUUGAAGUUCUUCGGGACAAUGUGUGAGUUGAAGAUCAAGGGCGCUGGUGAACAUAAGCUGAGAUGAUAUAUCUGAUAAGCUGAGAUGCUAUAUAUCAUAAAUAAAUCAGUGAUACACAGCAAUGCAUUAUGUGGAUGCCAUGGUGAGAGAGAAACGGAAGGGCCUUUGACAGGACAGAAGUGCCCUUUUGUCAACCUUGAAAAGCAAGCGCACUGUACCUUGCAGCCUCAGUUGUAAUUUCUGCGAGUUUCAUUCCAAGAUCUGUUAGAUUUUCUUCUUCUUGAUGCCGUGUAACAAGGUAUUUUUAGUUGAUGGAAGAAAGGCCUGUCGUUCUGUUCCUCUGGGACUUGAAUGAAGUAUAGAUUUCGUUUUCUCCAUGUUGUGCAAUACUGCUGUACAUUGUAUUCUGUAUCUUUCGACCUGUAACCGGCCCUCUUGGUUAA